AUGCCGAGGAGCUGGAAAAAGAAGGACAGCAAGUCCCGGUCUCAGGGCCGCACCCAGGCCUUCACCAGGGCCUCGGUCUCGAAGGGCCAGCUCGCUUCAGAAUCUGCACCUGGUCUCAAGGAACAGUAUGUUAUUCUGUGUAUGGAAAAAUCACGUACGAUUAAUCCUUUCAUUGAGCACAUACUCCAAGAAGUGGAUACAGCAAUGAAAAAGGGAAUGGUAACAGAAAUCACAUUAAACAUUGCUGGUAACAAUCGCUUAGUCCAAGUACAGAGGGUAACAGGUGAAGACUUUUGCAUUCUUUCCAAAGUUCUGAAGAAUCAUUCGUGUAUCAGUGGUGUGGAUGCUAGAUAUAACUUUAUCGGGAAUACUGGUGCAUACUAUGCUGCAAAACUGCUACAGAAACAGCCGUCUAUCGUUUACUUAAAUCUUAUGUUUAAUGACAUUCAGGCUGAUGGUGGAGAAUUGAUUGCUAAAGCCCUACAAAAAAAUAAAACUCUGAAAUACCUCCGAAUGACUGGAAACAAGAUUGAGAAUAAAGGUGGAAUGUGUUUUGCUACAAUGCUUCAAAUUAACUCAUCCUUAGAGAAAUUAGACCUGGGUGACUGUGAUCUUGGAAUGCAAAGUGUGAUUGCAUUUGCUACAGUCCUAACUCAAAACCAAGCAAUUAAAGGAAUAAACCUCAACCGACCUAUAAUGUACAGUGAACAGGAUGAGUCUACUGUCCAUGUGGGAAAUAUGUUGAAAGAAAACCACUGCCUUAUUGAGCUGCAUAUGUGUAAGCAUGGAAUAAAAAAUGACGGCAUGCAACAGCUGUGCGAGGGCUUGCACCUGAAUAGCAGCUUGCGCUACCUGGAUGUCAGCUGCAAUAAGAUAACUCGAGAUGGAAUGGUAUAUCUGGCUGCUGUACUGAAAAGCAAUACUACCUUGGAAGUAAUUGAUCUUUCUUUUAACAGAAUAGAAAGUGCAGGAGCAAUUUAUCUCAGCGAAACGCUAACUUCAUACAACAGGAGUCUUAAAGCACUGUCAGUAGUCAGCAACCAGAUAGAUGGAGAAGGACUUAUUGCACUUUCAAACUCAAUGAAAAUAAAUCCCAUAUUAAGUAAUAUUUACAUUUGGGGAAACAAAUUUGAUGAAGCUACAUGUGUGGCAUAUUCAGAUUUAAUUGAAGAGGGCCAUCUGAAAGCGAACAACACAGAUGUCAAUCCGUACGUGGUAGAUGAACAUGUGUACCUUGCAGAAGUGUCCAAUGGCCUGAAGAAGCACUAUUACUGGACGCCAACUUACGGAGAUGCUUAUGGCCCUUCAACGAAUGCAGGUUUUGCUCUUGUUCCAGUGGGUGAACAUCUAUGAAAAAUAAACUCUAAAAUAGGUCUCAUGCAUUUGUCUUAUUACUUUUACAGAGAUUAGUAUU